ACUCCAGAAGAUUUUAACGCUCCUGUCUCGGAUAAAAGUGGGAUUAUCCAGGUGGGUUAAACCGGGACACCGGGUCUACAGGAGGAGGAUGCUAACCCGGGUCCCCCUGGUUCUGUUGACCUGGUUCUUUGUGUGGAGUCAGGGCCAGCAUAUAGACUACGACAGCUGGACGAACCAGGCGCCGUUGUCCAAUGGUCUCUGUCGCUAUGGUAACAGCGUGGAAUGUUGCUGGGGCUGGAAACAGAUGGACUGGGGACGCUGUCAACCUCACUGUCAGCAGGGCUGCAAGCAUGGUGAGUGCGUCGCUCCAGACAGAUGCAGAUGUCAUCCAGGAUACACUGGCAAGGCCUGUAACCAAGACCUGAACGAGUGCGGCGUGAAGCCGCGGCCCUGCAAACAUCGCUGCAUGAACACGCUGGGCAGCUUCAAAUGUUACUGUCUGGACGGGUACACGCUGCAGCCGGACGGCAGCUGUAGGAAUGCUCAAACAUGUUACCACGCUAAUUGUCAGUACGGCUGUGAAGUCAUCAAGGGGGCGGUCCGGUGCACCUGUCCAUCACCAGGGUUACGGCUGGGACCAGACAGACGCACCUGUGUCGACGUAGACGAGUGCUCGAUGAGCGGCGGCGGCGUGUGCCCUCGUCGAAGGAAGUGUAUCAACACGUUCGGCAGCUUUGUGUGUAAAUGCCACCUAGGCUUCAAACUUAUCUACGUCAAUGGACGAUACAGCUGCAUUGAUAAGGACUCUCGGCCGUUCUGUUCUCUGAAUCCGUCCUCUCCAAAGUGCAAGUGUAAAGAUGGCAGCUGUAAAGCUGUCCCUAAAGUAACGCUGGAGCCGAACAGACCGAGAACUACAACAACUACAACUCCCAUCACCACCACUGCUGCUACUAUGAUUCCCCUUACUACAACUACAACUAGUCCCACAACAAUUCCCCUUAUCACUACCACCACUACUAUACCUAUCACUACCACCACUACUAUACCUACCACACCUACAACUACUACACCUACCACACCUACAACUACUACACCUACCACACCUACAACUACUAUACCUACCACACCUACAACUACUACACCUACCACACCUACAACUACUACUACCACAUCUACAACUACUACUAGUACUACUACUAUUACCAGUACUUUACUUAGUACUACUUCGUCAACCUUGCCUCUGACAACUACUACAUCUACAAGCACAACUAUGCCAACCACUACAGUGCCUACCACUACUACUCCUACUACUGUUCUUACUACUACAUCUGUUACUACUACACCUGUUACCAUGACUAUUUCAAGCACAACACCUGCUGCUACCACCACACCGAUGAUGACUACUACUUUUCUACUUACUACAACAGGCUUUGAUAUGACUACCACCAUUUCUACUACCAUACCAACUACUACCACCACUAAUUCACCGACUACUACUAUAACUAAAACUCCCCCCCCCACUACUACUAACAUUACAACCAGGCUGCCCACUGCAACAGCUUUAACCACUACGACUGCACUUACAACCACACUGUCAGCGACCACCUCGCUGAUAACGAGCACGGUGAACAACAGGAUCAACAAGGACGUGACGCACAGACAGCGAGGAGACGUGCACAUCCCUCGACAUCCCGGUCAGAACCAGGUCUGGGAGUUUGACAUCGAGCUGGGAAACACGGCCGACGACGCCAGAGACGAUCCAGAGGUGGGUGUACUCCGCUGCACCUUUGACCACGGUCUGUGUGACUGGACGUCUGACAGAGAAGGAGACGUUCACUGGGAGACGGCUCAGAGCCCUGCAGGUGGGCGCUAUCUGUCCGUCCCAGAGCUGAAGGUGGGACAAAGGAGCAUCCGCGGCGCUCGACUGGCCAUCCAAAUCGUCCCACCCUGGAGCCAUGGUGACCUGUGUUUCUCCUUCUCCCAUUGGCUGACGGGGCACCAUGUGGGCGUGAUGCAGCUGUUCGUCAGGGGGGCGGGACAGGGUCAGAGGUACGGCCCUGCCCUCUGGAGCCGGACCGGUGGACACGGAUGGAGACACACCCAGGUUACCUUGACGACGGCGGAUAAGGUGUUACUGAGGGCGGAGAGGAGGAGAGGCUGGCGAGGGAAGAUGGCUGUUGAUGAUGUCACACUGCGGCGAGGGACAUGUCGGUGACAUCACAGAGACACUCAGACUGUAUUUAAAGGGCUGCUCCGCUGUUUUUUUAAUGACAAACA